GUCACGCGCAGCCCCGCCCCUCGGUCUCCGGGAGGCGGCAACCGCUUCUCCUUGUCUCUUCCCGGUUGUCGGGGACUGCCUCACCUCGGUUCUCGGUGACCAUGGGGGACCCCAGCAAGCAGGACAUCCUGGCCAUCUUCAAGCGCCUGCGCUCGGUGCCCACUAACAAGGUGUGUUUUGACUGCGGUGCCAAAAAUCCCAGCUGGGCAAGUAUAACCUACGGGGUGUUUCUUUGCAUCGAUUGUUCAGGGUCACACCGGUCACUUGGUGUCCACUUGAGUUUUAUUCGAUCCACAGAGCUGGAUUCGAACUGGUCUUGGUUUCAGCUUCGAUGCAUGCAAGUUGGAGGGAACUCGAAUGCUUCUUCCUUCUUCCACCAACACGGGUGUGCCACCAAUGACACCAACGCCAAGUACAACAGCCGUGCGGCUCAGCUUUACAGGGAGAAAGUCAAGUCUCUGGCCACGCAGGCCACCCGGAAGCAUGGAACUGACCUGUGGCUUGACAGCUGUGCAGCUCCACCUGUGUCCCCUCCCCCAAAGGAGGAGGAUUUUUUUGCUGCUCACGUCUCUCAGGAGGUCACUGGUACCAUGCAGGCAUCGGCACAGCCAGAACCAGCUGCUGUAACACCGUGGGCCGUGGAAACCACUCCAGAAAAAGAUGAAGGUGGACCAGAGCAAGGGCCAAGUGUGGAAGGUCUGAAUGCCCCAGGAAAGGCUGCAGUAGAAAUUUCAUCUAUUAUAAAAAAGAAACCAAAUCAAGCAAAAAAAGGACUUGGAGCCAAAAAAGGAAGCUUGGGAGCCCAGAAGCUGACAAACGCAUCCUUCACAGAGAUCGAAAAGCAAGCCCAGGCCGUGGAUAAGAGGAAGGAGCAGGAAGGCCUGGCCAGCACCGCCCCCAAGGAGGAGUCCAUCGUCUCGUCAUUACGAUUGGCCUACAAGGAUCUCGACAUUCACAUGAAGAAGGAUGAAAAACUGAACCUGAGCGGCCAGAAGAAGGCGGAAGCUGAGAGGCUGGGCAUGGGCUUUGGAAGCUGCAGGAGUGGCAUCUCCCAUUCUGUGACUUCAGACAUGCAGACCAUCGAGCAGGAGUCCCCUACACUGGCAAAGCCAAGGAGGAAGUACCAAGAGGACCCUGAGGAGUCAUACUUCACCUCCAGCUCCAGGUACUUUGACGACCCCAUGGAGUUAAGAGGUAGUUCCUUUUCUAGCUGGGACGACAGUGCCGAUUCCUACUGGAAGAAAGACAGCAGCAGAGAGCCUGAGCCUGCCAUGAAAAGCACAGGCUCUUCAGACAGACCCAGUGCUCGCCGGAAGCCAGAUUAUGAGCCUGUUGGCAAUACGGAUGAAGCCCAGAAGAAGUUUGGCAACGUCAAGGCCAUUUCUUCAGACAUGUACUUUGGCAGACAAGCCCAGGCGGAUUUUGAGACCCGGGCGCGGUUAGAGAGGCUCUCCACCAGCUCCUCCAUAAGCUCCGCGGACCUUUUCGAUGAGCAGAGGAAGCAGGCAGCAGGAAACUACAACCUCUCAAACGUGCUGCCCAAUGCCCCGGACAUGGCACAGUUCAAGCAAGGCGUGCGAUCCGUUGCUGGAAAACUCUCUGUCUUUGCCAAUGGGGUCAUGACGUCCAUUCAGGAUCGCUAUGGCUCUUAAUCUGGGUGCCGGGCUGUGUCCAACCUGGUACAACUCCACUUCAGAUGGACCUGGGACCACAUCUGGCUGCACCGGAGCCUCAGCUGCUGUGCAGGCAGGUUCUACUAGUUGGCAAGGCCCCCUGCACCCUUCUGAUUCUUCACGUUUCCUUCGAGGCCUCCCAUUUCUAUGUAGUGGAGCUUUGCUUUCAUUUCUGAUUAGUGCCCUGUGUCAGUCAGCAUGUCCUUGCUUUAUCUUUGUGGAAUCUUUUGUUCUGAGAGCUGGUAACCUGAGCUGCCAGCUCCUCCCACCACCUCUCCUUGGACUGGGAGCCUUCACCUGGGGCACAGGAGAGUCUCCAUGGACUGUGGGCUUGGGCUGCCAGAGCUAGCUGGUGCUGGAUGGGCCAGGGAAAUAAAGCCACAGCACACACUUCUCUCUGCAAAGGUGCAAACAACCAAAACAAGAUCAGAAGUGCCUGGCCUCUCCCUGACAGAUUGCUUCCUGGGUGCCCCCACACAGUGAGGAGAUUUCAAACAGCAUUUCCAGCCAUCUGUCACUUUGUACAUUAUUUUGUACAUUCUCUACACUGAAAAACGUUCCCCAGUCGGUUCUUUUAACCAACCUGAGCUUCCAUGGUGCCAGGGGAGUUCAUUUGGAUUUGGUAACAGGUGUUGCAGGGCCAGCUGAGGGCUCCCAAGUGCACCUAGAAAUCAGCAGCGUGCAGGAGCUCCAGCUGAGUGAGGCGGCGGUGUGGCUUCUGGAUGAAACUCAGAUUCGGGGAAAUGGCAAUUAUAAUUGGGUGGUUUUGUUAAUAUUUUUUAUCUUGACCUUGAUGUUCCAAAAGUCAUAGGAUAGAUGUAAAUCGAUAAAGUUGUUUGGCUGUGUUUUAGACGGCACCAGAAUAUAUUGUUCAGCACAGUAAAAUAUAUUUGAAAUUUGAUGAACCAAAACUGGGAUUUCAGAUGACUAUUCGGUGAAUCGUUCUUAAAAGAUCCAAUUUGUAGACUUCUAAAUGUAGCGGACAGCUCAGCAGACUCUGUUCCUGGGCUAUCUCUUCACCAGAGCUUGAAUGACUCAGUGUAAACUGGGCAUCGGAUGGCUCCAGCUCCCGUCAUGCCCCCUGUGAUGGCUGGGGCUGGCAGAUGUCAUCGUCACAGCACAGUGGCCAGUGGGUGCCUCUGGGAGAGGAACAGGCUUCCACGACACAACUGGCAGACAGACAGGCUUCCACACAUGGGAGUGUGGCGCAGUAGCACACGCCUGCAGCUGCAGCCCAUGGAUCGUACUGUAGGCUGAAUGACAGGGUCAAGGCACCCUCAGGGUGGCUUUUCCCAGCGGCCUUGAUUACUGACGUGCUGGGAAGGGGUGCUGCCCCCUUUUCUACUGAUUGUUUCCGUCUUGGGGUGGGAACCUGGGCCUUGAAUACACAGUGUACUGAGAACUCAGCCCAUCGUUUGACAGGGAUGCUCCGAGGACCAGCCGUCCAUGAGGAAUACUGCAGCUGUUCACAUUCUGAACAUUCAUGUGGAACAUCAAACAAUAACAGCCCACAAGGGCAUUCAGUAGUGGGGACAGCUCCGUCCACCCCAGCCCACGGUGAGCCCUGUGCUCAUCCCCAUGUGCCACAUGAGCUCUCUGCCUGUUUCAUCCCCGGGCAGCUGGGCCCCUGUCCCACCUCGCUCUUUUCAUCUGCUCCCUGACCAUAGGGCCUCCCUACUGGACAGCAGGCUUGCUGGUGUCUUCUGGAACCUUCUAGUCAGUGUUUCCAGAUAUUUCAGUGAGGACACAGGGCUGAGUGCUAUGUGUGCAGGACUAGUCCACUCGGCUGGUGGCCAGCACUGCCUGUCCAGAGUCCCUGUCUGAGGUCUCUGCUGUGGGAAGGGAAGAGGGAGAGGACGCGAGAGGGUGUGGCCGUGCGGCGUGCCCCCUUAGACCUCACCACCAGUACCGAAAGCUAGCUGUUCAUGUUGGCUGAGUGAAACACAUUUGGGGUCUUUACUUUUUAAAGGGGGCAGAGCAGCUGGAACGACAGCUCAAGGGUUAAGAGCACUCAGGAGUCUUGGGUUCAAUUCCUAGUACGCACCUGUUAGCUGCAAGGGAUCCAACACCGUCUUCUGUCUUCUUCGGGCACUGCACACUCGUGGUACACAGACAUACACGCAGGCAAAACACCCAAAGGUGUUAAAGUAAAAUAGAAUGGUAGUGUAGCUCAGCAGCAGAGCACUUGCUGGGAUACACAGGGCCUAGAAAAGACAGAAGAAACCCAUGUCAGGAGCUGCCAGAACACACAGGUAGGGCCUGGGGCUGUGGGAGGAGUUUCUGAGUGUGAAGCCAGGAAAGUCUGGGGAGUCCUCUUGGAGCCUUUGUGCAGAGGGAGCUGGUAGAUAAAGCCCCGGGGACAGGGCCUUUGCUGAGCAACACCUUCUCCAGACAAAUUCAGAGUGAAAAUGCAGCAUUUUAAAGUAAAUCCUGGAGGACUGAGACAAUUCAGCUAGUGAGAGGCUUGCUGCUCUUGGAGAGUUCUGUUCCCAGCACCCACUUACGUUGG